AUGUCUUAUGCCGACGCAGUUGCGAAGGGCGCCAAGCAGUCGCCUGAGGAUGUAAGUGCUCGCGCUCCUCCCGUGGGAGGAGUUUACCAUGAUCAGUCCGAGAGCACGGCCUCCUUGAUCGAUGUUGAUGGACCCCACAUCCAGACUGUGGAGUCUGGGUUCCUCGAGCAAGACGUGCAGACCACAACCCAGGCAGAGCGGAUAGAACGCGAAGCCCAGGAGAAGGAGAAGCGCAAGCGUGAGGACGAUGAGAAGAAGAAGGCCAAGGCCCGCAAGGUGAAGAGCAGCGGUAUCUGUGGAAAUACAAGUAACCCUGUCUUCCUUGUCAACGCCGCCAUUGCAACCGUUGUUGGCGCAGGUCUGGGCUUCGGUGCCUACAAACAACACGCGCGGGGUACCCUUUCUUGGGAGUUGGUUGGGCUGUCUGCCGGUGCUGUUGGGGUCUUUGGCGCAGUGGACUACUUCGUGAGCAAGUGGUUCUUGCAGAACAAGUUCCCUCCGAAAUAG